GGAGGAGGACGGAGAAGGACGGAGCCUAGCUGUUGCUGCCUCCCUCGCUCACUCCUUCGCGCACUCGCCCGCCCCCUCCCUCCCUCCCCUCCCUUCCCCGGCCCCGGCUCCGGCCCCGGCCCCGGCCCAUUCGCAGUUCGGUCUUCCGCAGGGAGGAUGUCGGGCUCGUCGCUCCCCAGCGCCCUGGCCCUCUCCUUGUUGCUGGUCUCUGGCUCCCUCCUCCCAGGGCCAGGCGCCGCUCAGAACGCUGGGUUUGUCAAGUCGCCCAUGUCAGAAACUAAGCUCACUGGGGACGCCUUUGAGCUGUACUGUGACGUGGUCGGGAGCCCCACGCCAGAGAUCCAGUGGUGGUACGCAGAAGUCAACCGGGCAGAGUCUUUCAGACAGCUGUGGGACGGUGCUCGGAAGCGCCGUGUCACCGUAAACACCGCCUACGGGUCAAACGGCGUGAGUGUGCUGAGAAUAACCCGGCUCACCUUGGAGGACUCUGGGACUUACGAGUGCAGGGCCAGCAACGACCCCAAGAGGAAUGACUUGAGGCAAAACCCCUCCAUAACAUGGAUUCGAGCCCAGGCCACCAUAAGCGUCCUUCAGAAGCCAAGGAUUGUCACCAGUGAAGAAAUCAUUCUUCGAGACAGCCCUGUUCUCCCCGUCACCCUGCAGUGUAACCUCACCUCCAGCUCUCAUACUCUAACAUACAGCUACUGGACAAAGAAUGGGGUAGAGCUGACUGCCACUCGCAAGAAUGCCAGCAACAUGGAAUACAGGAUCAAUAAGCCGAGAGCUGAGGAUUCAGGAGAAUACCACUGUGUAUAUCACUUUGUCAGUGCUCCUAAAGCAAAUGCCACCAUUGAAGUGAAAGCCGCUCCUGAUAUCACUGGCCAUAAACGGAGCGAGAACAAGAAUGAAGGGCAAGAUGCCAUGAUGUAUUGCAAGUCAGUUGGCUACCCGCACCCAGAGUGGAUCUGGCGCAGGAAGGAGAAUGGUAUGCCCAUGGACAUUGUCAAUACUUCUGGCCGCUUCUUUAUCAUCAACAAGGAAAAUUAUACUGAGCUGAACAUCAUGAAUCUCCAGAUCACAGAAGACCCUGGCGAGUAUGAAUGUAAUGCUACCAACUCCAUUGGCUCUGCCUCCGUUGUCACCAUCCUCAGGGUACGGAGCCACCUGGCCCCCCUCUGGCCUUUUUUGGGAAUUCUGGCUGAAAUCAUCAUCCUGGUGGUGAUCAUUGUUGUGUAUGAGAAGAGGAAGAGGCCAGAUGAAGUUCCUGAUGACGAUGAACCAGCUGGGCCAAUGAAAACCAACUCUACCAACAAUCACAAAGAUAAAAACUUGCGCCAGAGAAACACAAAUUAAAUACUGCUUACGAUAUCUUUAGGUUCCUGAAACUGGUGGCAACAUGAUCUGCUAAAUUUUCUGCUUGGACUUCUUUGGUUCUCUCCCCUUUUAAGUGAGCAGCACCACAAACGACUGUCUAAAGCAUGCCUUAUUUAGCCUUUCCUGUAAGGGUGAUCUAGUCAGGUACAUUUUAAACAAUGCUUCAGUGUAGAAGGUGUAAACUAUUUUGGGCUUGAUGUGCUGUGAAUGUUGCUUCUUUCCCCCCUUUGUUAAAAUAUUUAAGUAGAAGUGAAAGGUCCCAUGAGGAUCGGAUCAUGCAUGCGCCAUUUUUUACUUAAUGCAGCUGUUAAAUUGGCAAAGCUCUAAAAUGCACUGCUGCCAUCUAGUGGUAACAUUUUUGUAAAGUACAGCAAAACCUACAGAUAUAUACAGUAUAUAAAUAUAUAUAAAUAUAUAUUUAUAUUUUUGGGGGUGGGAGAAAUCCAAAAUAAAAUAAAUGCUUGUUUCAUUUUUUAGCUGCUGAUAUUCAUUCCUUAUGUAUGUUGUCAGAUGAGGAAAUUGUGCAGUUCUGGUACAUAAAGAUGAGUAAUAUAAACUGAAAUCUAUAAUUUUAAGGGCUUAACCUACGACUUUGAUAAAAAGCUGGAACACUCCACUGAAUGGAUAUAUUGAAUUGCAGUAUAUAUGUAUGAUUGCUUUUUAAGUGAUUUUUUUCUCUUUUGUUAAAUCAUGUAAAUUCUGAAAUCCUUUUGCACUGAUGUUUUGAACCUUACUGUACAUUCAAUUAAGGCGAACUUUUAUAAUUUACCUUUUGUUUUCAAUGACCUUGAAAUGUCAUAGCAUGGUAUUCUAUGCAACUAGUUAUCCUCUGGGGUUGACACUGUAUUUUUCACAUUGAUUUAAAACGGUUGAGUGUAGAUUUUCUCACCCAGCAGGGUUCUCAUGCGGUGUGUAACCGUAGAUGCAUGUACUUGUGUUUUGUGUGUUGAAGUGCAAUGAUGUAUAAAAAAGUGGAUUCACUGUUUUUAAAAAUAAAACAUUGAUAAAAGGUG